GUCGUCUGACGUUCACAGCUCCUCCUCAAUUGGUAGGCUGAAUUAUCCACUACCGAAGGGUGAUUAUUCCGCGACUGUAAAAACGACCAGACUACACCACACCUGCAAUAAUCCAAAAACAGUCCCCUGACGAGGCGAUAUUCUGCAUCCCACGUCCAAACCAGGAAUAUGUUAUAGAUUAACUCACCAUUGUCUGCUGAUUGUAGGCCCUUCGCAUUUACUUUUCUGUGAGGCCAUGGAUACCAGAGAGGUUUCGUUUAUUUGCCACAGAUGUUUAGAAAUUAUGUUUAGGGACACAUGGCAUAUUUACGCCAUCCACAUCAAUGACGUCAGUUCCUGUGACGUACCCCGAGUCUAAAAAAUUGUCCUUCUCAGUAAUGGCGGCUUCGUUCCCUUCUCCUUCUGGAACAAACAACAAAUGGUACUUCACCCGAGAACAGAUCGAGAAUAGCCCAUCUCGUCGUGUGGGGCUUGAUCCAGACAAGGAAUUAUCCUACAGACAGCAAGCCGCGAACCUUCUACAGGACAUGGGACAGCGACUCAAUGUGUCCCAGCUAACAAUUAAUACUGCUAUUGUGUAUAUGCACCGAUUCUACAUGAUCCAGUCCUUCACCAGGUUCCACAGAAAUGUCAUAGCUCCAGCGACACUGUUCCUGGCUGCAAAGGUUGAGGAACAGCCCCGCAAGUUGGAGCAUGUUAUCAAGGUGACCCAUGCAUGCCUCAACCCUCAGGACCCUUCACCAGAUGUCCGCAGUGAUGCUUACCUGCAACAAGCCCAAGACCUGGUCAUUCUUGAGAGCAUUAUACUCCAGACCCUGGCUUUUGAAAUCACCAUUGACCACCCACAUACUCAUGUUGUCAAGUGCACCCAGCUCGUCAGAGCGAGUAAGGAUUUGGCCCAGACCUCAUACUUCAUGGCUACCAACAGCCUACACCUGACCACAUUCUGCCUGCAGUACAGCCCACCCAUAGUGGCCUGCGUCUGCAUCCACCUGGCUUGCAAGUGGUCCAACUGGGAGAUCCCUGUCUCCACAGACGGCAAGCACUGGUGGGAGUAUGUGGACAAUACUGUCACCCUUGAGCUGCUGGAUGAACUCACUCACGACUUCCUACAGAUCUUGGAGAAGACACCAAGCCGAUUAAAACGCAUUCGCAACUGGAAAGCGGCAGGUCAGACAGUGAAGGGAGGGAAGUCUAAGGUGCCAGAGGACGGGGACCAGACAGAUUGUAUGAUGAGCAUGAUCUCCAUGUCGUCCUCGGAGACCACGCUGGCCAGCCUCUCCAACCCUUCCUCUUCAUCCAUGGCUCCCAUACUACUGGAGCUCAAGUCGACCCUGGGCAGUGGCUCCGACCAGCCCAACCACGUUGAGCUACACGCCCCAGCCAAGGUGUCACUGAGUGAGUACCGGGCCAAGCACGCUGAUGUCCUGGCUGCUCAGAAGAGGAAGCUGGAGAACAUGGAGGCCAGCGUGAAGAGAGAGUAUGCCUCGGCAGCCCAAGCUCUGAUAGGCCAACAUCAGAGGAAGGAGAAGUACCACCAUGAUCAACCGCAGUCCAGCUCCCACCAUUCCAGCUUAGCCUCCUCUGACCUCAGCAGCCCCUCGCCCAUCAUCCUCAAGAUCCCCCUGGAAAAGGAGAGGGGCGAGCGCAGCUCCCUGAAGAUGCGCCUCCCUCUGGGGACUGGGGGAGGAGGGGGGCACAGUGGAGGAGGGAACAGAGGAGCUGGAGGAGAACAGGACAUCAAAGUGAGAAUCCGGGUGCCUGAGAAAGUACGCAGUGCAGGCUCGGGAGAGGAGGGGGGCAAGAGUAGGGAGGGCAAGCAUCGAGAUCGCUCCCACCACCACCAUCACCACCAUCACCAUCAUUCAUCGUCGUCUUUGAGCGGUGCUUCCGUCUCUUCGUCCUCGUCACAUAAACACUCAGCCAGUGCUGCUGGAGCUGUAGGAGGAAGUGGUAGCAAAAAGACCCCCAGUGACUCAUCUAGAAUGAGCUCUUCCUCUGCUUCUCGAAAGAGGACACACUCCACUGAGUCCCAGGGAUCCCACCCCUCCAAAGUCUCUAAGUCCUCCAGGAACUCAGCCUACCAGCUACCUGCUCUGUUAGCUGCCUCCAGUGCACACUCCCUGGGGGCGCAAACUGCUGAGAUCCUCCCAUCCCUGGGUCUCCCCUCCCUCCACCAGGGAAACUUCUCUCACUCCAAGGGGGACAAGACUGACACUAACGGACACAAUGCAGGCGGGGGAAGCCAGUCAAAUGAGUACCAGGACACAUUUGAGAUGCUGAACUCUUUACUGAGUGCUCAGGGGGUCCAACCUGCUCAGCCUCCCAUGUUUGACUACCGGUCUCAGUACGGGGAGUACAGAUACAGUGGAGGGUCAAGGGGGGGCUCUCGACCGCCACCCCUGCCUGCUGAACCUCCACCCCCGCUACCCCCCUUUACCCAAAUGAUCCCUGAUGAAGGGGUGAAUUACUGACAGUAUCUGUAGACGCCUCCACAUCCUUCCAUAAGACAUUUGCACUGUGACUUUGGGUCCCUUUAUGUGUUUGAAGGAAUCAUGUUGUGGUUUUCAACUUGACAGCAAAGAAAUGUACUUCCAAUACAUACUUAUCAGUGAUGCAUGUACAGAAGUUUCUCCCUUGUUACAUCAUCAUAUCCAAUACAUCUGUGGGGCAAUAACAGGUGUGAAAGAAAACAUAAUGAAUUUAUUUAUUUAAAAAAAUGUAAAUACUAUUUUUGAUGUUAUUCAUUUUUUUAUUGUGAUAUGAACUCAAAUCCAAUUUCAUGGAAUGACUGGACCUGAUACUUUAAACAUGGCUGUUUAAGUAAUUUUGAAUGCACAGUAGAAGAAACAAACUUGUCUGCUUCACUUCUUAAAUUGUGUAUGUCUCGCUAACAAUUAGUAUUUUUCAGAAUGUUUUUAAAUGUACUAUUUAUUAUUAGUGUUGAAUGCAAUUAGAACAUUUUGCCAACUGCCUCCCCUGCGCUUUCUGCGGUGUCCUGUUGAACUGAAUGAUCGUUGAGUGCUCCUUACACAAGUUUAUUUGAGAAUGCAUGUCUUCAAAGCCAUCGUUUUAAAUGUUUUUGUUUAAAAAGUAGUCACUGAAUCACCCCCAUUUUGUCUAUUAUAGUACAUUUUUUUCCCCCUCUGCAUUAUUUGCAACACUUUAUAUAUUAAUUAUGUAAAAUGACUUUAGUGGACAAAAUAUUUUCACAUUUAGUUAAAAGUUGCAAAAAAUACUUGAAAUUUAAAAGGAACAUUUCAGUUUUUCUACUUCAUAUUCAUCCCUAGCACCACCCCUACAUCAACAUGUGAAAAUUGUGCAUUUUUUUGUAGUAAAAAAUAGAGUAAUAUAAGUGUUUCCAAUGAGUAUGCAAUGCCAACCCGUAUUUGGUUUAAAUCCAAUGGUGCAUAUUAGGAAAACUUAUCUUCCUCUCUUUUAAAUUAAAUGUUUUUACUAAACAUAAAUGUGCCAUUUUCACAUGUUGAUUUUGGGAAGAUGCUGGACAUGACAAAUAUGAAGUUAACUUUAAAAAAUAUAUUUUUUUAUUUUCCUUAAGGCUUGUAUUUUAGUUUCUAGAUUUGAAUGUGUUGCAGUCAUUGUUUUAAAUGGUUGUAAAAUGUUAGUCAUAAUACUCAAAUAAUUACACUAACGUACAGAGUUUAUACUACAGUACUUAUCUACAUAUUCCUACACAUUUUGAUAAUGGACUGAUUUUUGUCUUAGUGCUUUGAACAGAAUUCAUAGUGUUGCUUCCACUACUGUUUUAACGAUAACUGAUGUCUUCACUCGUACAUUUUGAAUGCAACUGAAAUUGUAUUUUUGUGAGAUUUUGAUAAGGUGCAUAAUCAUUUGUCUAUAUUAUUUAGAUAAUUUGUUUUUCUGGUUUCAUGCCACACCAUGUGGUUGCUUGUGGCAAUCACACCAUGUGGUUGCUUGUGGCAAUCACACCAUGUGGUUGCUUGUGGCAAUCACACCAUGUGGUUGCUUGUGGCAAUCACACCAUGUGGUUGCUUGUGGCAAUCACACCAUGUGGUUGCUUGUGGCAAUCACACCAUGUGGUUGCUUGUGGCAAUCACACCAUGUGGUUGCUUGUGGCAAUCACACCAUGUGGUUGCUUGUGGCAAUCACACCAUGUGGUUGCUUGUGGCAAUCACACCAUGUGGUUGCUUGUGGCAAUCACACCAUGUGGUUGCUUGUGGCAAUCACACCAUGUGGUUGCUUGUGGCAAUCACACCAUGUGGUUGCUUGUGGCAAUCACACCAUGUGGUUGCUUGUGGCAAUCACACCAUGUGGUUGCUUGUGGCAAUCACACCAUGUGGUUGCUUGUGGCAAUCACACCAUGUGGUUGCUUGUGGCAAUCACACCAUGUGGUUGCUUGUGGCAAUCACACCAUGUGGUUGCUUGUGGCAAUCACACCAUGUGGUUGCUUGUGGCAAUCACACCAUGUGGUUGCUUGUGGCAAUCACACCAUGUGGUUGCUUGUGGCAAUCACACCAUGUGGUUGCUUGUGGCAAUCACACAUGCUCAACUGAGGGACUUUUUAGAGGUUUUAACAUAACAUCUCCGGUACCACUGUGUCAACCAUCACUGUCUACAUUUAAUUUCAGUGAGAAUGACCUGUUCAAUUAAGAUAAUCUUUCCCUUCAUGUUCCAGACUUGCUGUUUGUCAUGCUUAUGAACAAACUGGUAUAGUCUUUCUCCUUAAAUCAUGUUUAAAAUUGUAUGAUGGUGGAAAUGGGCUUGAACUUAGCUCUGACAUGUUUCAGACCGUUUAACAGAACUCUUUGUCCAAUGGAUGGGUUAGCUGACAACGUCACAAAAACGAUGCACAUGUUUCAAUGGGGCAGAAGUCUGUGUGUUGUGAUUCUGGAUGGCCAGAUGGCUAGAACCAAUACAAGAGGCUGCUCAUUUCAGUUAGUUUUCUUGUUCUUGAUACCAUGUCUUGUUUUUAGGUGUUUUGACUGAUGUCACAUCUUUGCUAAUAUGGCUAAACUUCACAAGCUAGCUAACCAACAACUGUAACAAUGUAUUUGAGAGACAAGUGCUCAUUGUGCAAAUGUAUUUAUGUUUUCAAUAAACAUUGGAGACUAAAUAUA